GGUGAAAAGGGGAGUCUUAGGACAGGAUUCGGUAAUGUAUUCAAAUUAAGCUCCCCACCUCUCCUACAAGCCUUUUCUAGAUAUUUAAUCAUAUAUCGAAUUCAAGCUCUAAAUUACACUAGAGCCAAAUCUCGUUAA